AUGGAGAACGCCUCCAACCACAGCCAGGAGGCCUGGGAGCCUCAGGGCCCGCUCGGUGGCUGGAGGGUGCUGGCAGGGUGCUUGCUGUCGCUCUUGGUGCUGAGCACCCUGUUGGGCAACAGUCUGGUGUGCCUGGCCGUCCUCCGGUUCCCCCACCUGCGGACCAGAGCCACCAACUGGUUUGUGCUCUCGCUGGCCUUGUCUGACCUUUGUGUAGGGUUGCUGGUCAUGCCCUGGAAAGCGGUCGCGGAAGUGGCCGGCGGGCUAUGGCUCUUUGGCAGCCUCUUCUGUGACACCUGGGUGGCCUUUGAUAUCAUGUGCUCCACAGCCUCCAUCCUCCAACUCUGCAUCAUCAGCCUGGUUCGCUACUGGGCCAUUGCCAACCCCUUCUGCUAUGAGCGGCGGAUGACUCCAUCCUUGGCCUUCACGAUGAUCACCCUGGCCUGGACCCUCUCUGUCCUCAUUUCCUUCAUCCCUGUCCACCUCCACUGGCACAGCGCUGAGGUAACCCCUGGUUUGCUUCCCUAUCACUGUGACCUUCAUCUCAACCGUACUUAUGCCAUUGCCUCCUCCUUGAUCAGCUUUUAUAUUCCUGUCUCCAUCAUGAUUGGGAUGUAUGCCCAGAUAUUUCGCAUCGCUAAGGCUCAGAUCCGUCGCAUCUCCUCACUGGAAAGAGCAGGUGGCCUGUGCUUGGUCAAGGGGAAGGAGCCGGUUUCUUCUCUGCGCAGCUCACUGUGCAAAGAAACCAAGUUGCUUCAGACCUUGACCAUCAUCUUGGGAGUUUUUGUCUGCUGCUGGCUGCCGUUCUUUUUGCUCAAUUGCCUGUUGCCCUUUUGUGACUCAGGGUCCAAGGACAGAAGCCCUGAGCAGGUGACCUGCAUCAGCCAACCCAUCUUCAAUAUUUUCAUGUGGCUUGGCUGGGCCAACUCCACCAUCAACCCAGUAAUCUACGCUUUCAACGUAGACUUUCAGCGGGCAUUCAGGAGCCUGUUGGGUGGCCAUCAUCUUCCUUGUUGUGUCCCCAACCAUUCUGUCACCCAGAGAGUCCAUCUGAGCGGUGAGUUGACCUCUUACCCCCACAGAAAAGAUGAAGAUUCCCCAUUGGCACUACCCACACGUGCUGUUGUAGCUUGGAAUGAGCCACUGCCCUCCACAGCAAGCAUCCAAGGGAAUGAAGAGCAGUAUGGAAAGCUCAUAUCAGAAAAAGAGAUGCUUCCAUCCUCUCCAAGGGCUUACAGAAGCAGUUCCAAUAUGCCAGUUUUGCUUCCCUUUCAGUGUGAGACUGAGCUAACUUUAGAAACGGAUAUUCCCCGUGAUGGAACUUAG